GAUUUCGGUUGUAUCGUAUAUGAGAGGAAAUUUAUGCGUCUCAUUAAAAUACACACAUAAUGGCGGGAAAACUGACCAAAGAACACAUGAACCUACUAGAAGGCAUGAUCGGCUGUGGGCCGAAGAGCUUUAAACUGCUAUACAGCAUCACAAGGGACGGAUGCAGCGCCGCCGAGUUUCACCGGAAGUGUGACAAUCAAGGACCUACCGUGACGGUUCUCCUCAACCCACAGGGUUCUGUGUAUGGUGGAUACGCGGGCAUCAAUUGGAAGAGUACUGGGGGUUUCACCAUGGAUGACACCGCAUUCAUCUUCCAGCUGGUGUUCUCGGGAAUACGUGUUGUGAAUAUAUUUAGACCAAAAGAUGCAUCGAAAGCGUUGUACUUCGGUUGUAAUCGCAGUGCCUGGUUUGGUAAUCCAGAUUUCGAACCAUUUUUAAACACUAUUUCAGUGAAUAAAGACGGAACAUUUUCUCUUAAUGGCAGACUUACUUUAGGAACAUGUUAUAACAGUAACAACGUUUCUAACGACGCCAUCCACAACGGGAGCAUGGUUGUCACGGAGUUGGAAGUGUACGCUGUCUCCGCAGAUGACACUCGAACAUCAACACCCAAGCAAACAACUUGGCGAAAAACACCAGCUCUGAAUGAAGAGUACAUUUCAAAGAUUGCAGAAGAGCUUGCGUCAAUAACUCCACCAAGAGGAAGUGGAAUUACGGACUUCCGAUUGUUACUUGUUGGCCCUGUCGGUGCGGGAAAAUCCAGCUUUAUCAAUACCGUCAUGUCCCCGUUCGCCGACAGAAUAAUAAAUAAAGCCGCCGUCGGUACUUCAUCGCAGAACGUCACAAGAAAGUACAUAACUUACCCAGUCCGCAAAACAGGCGGCUCAUGUCUCAACUUUAGGCUUUGUGACACGCCCGGUAUCGGGGACCAUUCGGGGAUGGAUGCGGUGAACAUUAACUUCCUGCUAGAUGGUCAUGUUCACUCUUCCUUUGAGUUUUCUUAUUCGCGCCACAUAUCAGCAAAGACGCCUGGGUUUGUACACCGCCCAUCGUUAGCCGAGGAAGCCCACUGUGUUGGCAUUGUGCUGGAUUCUUCUACAAUACAUGACCUUCCCGCAGUGACCAUGACCUUGUUAAACGAACUCAAAAACCUUGCGCUAGAAAAAGGCAUACCACUUGCGAUUGUCCUCACCAAAAUAGACAAGCUUCACGAAGAUAUUGCAGAAAAUCUUGCUGACGUUUUCAAUCGUCCAGAGGUCAAGGCCGUUGUUGACCAAGUCAGCGAGGCGCUUGGUAUACCUCCAAACCACGUGUUUCCGGUUAAAAACUACCACAGCGAGAUGGAAACCGAGGUUGCAGUACACGGACUAGUACUCAUAGCGCUUCGGAAGAUGCUUUUUAUUGCUUUAGAUGCCCUGGAGGAGCGCACUUCCGCUAACGAAGAGGGGCAAGAGGCUAACGCCGACGUGACGGAAUCUGAUACUGCCUAGCGUGGCCUCAUAUAUUCACAGUUAACAUUAGCGACAAAUGCUAAUGUCUUGAUGCUUUUUAGCAAGCUGCACACUUUAGAAAAAUCGUGUUAUUUCAUGCAUAUAUGGGUGCAACAAAGUUAUAUUAUAGCGAAUGUAAGGACAUGGAAGUUUGCAAACAGACAUUUAAUAUGUAACUUGCAUGUGAUAAAAAUACAAUUGACAUGGUAAAAAUGAAUUGAUUUCCCUUAAUUUACUGUCACAAAGUAUCAACCACAUAAGUCUUCGAAUGUGUCCUUUAAGUUUCUCUCUAACUUUUAAGCCUGUUUUAGAUUCGUUUGCGAAUGUUUCAGAGAAUUUGCGAAGGAAUACUUGUAUGUGUAACUACUAUUUUACAGAAGUAUUGGAACUUUUGUAAAACACUACGUGUAUUUAUAAAUGUACGCUUUAACAGAGGUAUAAGAAAGGGUACGGAACAUAACUUGUACUUGUGCAUGUAGCUUUAACUUAACAGAGGUAUU